AUGGAUCAAUUAACAGCUCACGACCGUCCUCUUCCACCUCCUUUUCACACAAGAGAUGUUCAGUUACAGAAUAACAAUCCUCAUCUCCACGCCCAGUUCCAUCACAUACAACAACAGCAGAAAAGUGAAGAUGAACAACAAAGCGGACAUCGAAAUCAUAAACGAGAUCGUGACGAUAACUUCAAUUUAAAUCCAUAUCAAUCUGGUUCCAUGGAUAGCAAAGGAAACACUAUUGGAGAAGUGAGUAGAAGACCAAGAGGAAGACCAGCUGGUUCAAAAAACAAACCAAAACCACCAAUUAUUAUCACUUGUGAUAGCACCAACGCUUUGAGAUCUCAUGUAAUGGAAAUCGCUACUGGAUGUACAAGAAAGAUUAUCAAACUUCACCACAAUAAGACAACGAAGUGUUUGAAUAUUAAGUGGGCGCGGAACUGUUACAAACGUUACAAUUAG